CUGUGAACGCGAAUGGGCAAUCCCAGGGAAAGGCAAAAGGGGGUGACGUCAUGCCGCCCGGAGCCUUAGAGACGCUGUUUGUAGCAACAAGCUGAUGCGGCUUUCGAGACGAACGGAAUCACCUCGCGCGCGCGUGUGCGCGUGAAGACGCGUUGCGUUACACGCAUGCGAGGACGACUGCGACGACAACAACAACAACAACAUCGUCGCCUACGCAAUGAACGAAGACCUCAAUUAGCAACAUCCGCUGGAUCCCCUGCUAUUCGUUUGGAAGCACGGAUUGUUUGGAGAGAGAGCGAGAGAGAGAGAGUCGCCUAGGAGGGGACCGGCAUGGCUCGCUGCUACAAUGAAGAUGAGGACGAGGAGUUUUACGAGUAUGAGCCACUGCCCACUGUGCUGGAGGACGAGGAGAACGUGUCUCUUGCGGACAUCUUGUCGCUGCGGGACAGCUGCUUGGCCGAGACCGAGCUGUGGGCCGUGUGUCUGGAAUGCUGCCUUGCCCUGCGCAGCAUCGGGCACACGGAGCUCUUCAGGAACCUGUGCAUCACUCCCGACACGCUCGCUUUCAACACGCACGGCAACGUGUGCUUCAUGGAGCAGCUCAGCGAUGACCCAGAAGGAGCCUUCAUACCUCCUGAGUUUGACGAGACAGGAAACACAUUCAAGGCUCACAUCUACUCGCUGGGAAUGACCCUGCUUGCCGCCGUUGAGUAUGUGGUGGAGCCGGAGCUCAGCAUGGAGAUGAGCGCUGAGCUGAGAGCCCUGCUGGAGAAGAUGCAACUCGACGACCCAGACUCCAGGCCAGAUAUCGAGAUGGUGCUGAGGCUUUGCCAGUCACGGCUGCAGGGCGAGUCGUCCGCCAGCGUUUGCCGCCGCCUCUCAGCCACGGGACGCCGGGUCCUGUCCAUCGAGUCCAUCAACACGGCCUCCGAUAGUGGUGGAGACUCCUGGCGUUUGACAUUCAAUGAAAGGAACCCAGCCGACGGAUCGUCCAGCACAGAAGACCUCAGUUUUGAUAGAAUGGUUCACAAUGCAGUACCUGCCAAAGCGAAGGCAGACAAGGAUGACAGGGGGAAUCUGCAGGAUCCCAGCGCUAAACCGCAGGAUGAGACAGGUCCUCAGAAGAACAAAGAGGACGGCAAGCCAGAGUGCAGCAAACGUCACUGUAAAGAGUUGUUGGGGUUGUUUGAUCUCGUUCCAUUGUCUGAAGGGGCACAGCCACACGUGGAGGCUGCUGGAGCCACAGUUUGUUCUCCGGUCAAACGGCGGCUUCUGCCCAAAAUCCCCAUCGAAGCAUUCCCGAAAAUGCAGCAGCAGCAGCAGCAGCAGAGUCUCGUUCAUGCGUCCGCACUUGACGGCAAGGAGAACUUUGCCGUCGACUUUUGCGCCCGAGGCACAAAAUCAAGCCGCGCCGCCGCGCCGGAUGAAUUGACGAUGAAACCCGCCGCGAGGCACUUGUUCAAAGUACACUCGCUCGACGAGCAGGUGAGCGAGAGCUUUCGGUCCGUCGCCGACUCGGACAAAGCAUCGGGAUCGGCCGCCGAUGGCCAGGGGGCGACGCGCACGUCCGGCAUGGCGGCCACCAGGAUUGUGAAACGCUGCCGGUCGUUGGAUUCGCCGUACGACGGCGAGAGGGCCGACCGGCUGACAAGGAGCAGCCCUGUGAGACAGCGCAACCUCCGGGUGGGCGGGCAGCUGACGUACUGGCCAACGCUGGUGGACAAGCGGCGGCUGGAGGACAACGAUCCCACGCUGCGAGCUGGGAAAGGAGAUGACCGCAUUGGCAGUGGCUCCUCGACGAGAAACGCCGACGCUGUCAGCAAUUCACAAUUGCAAAGACGCAGAGAGAGCAUCGAGGAGGUGUCUCUGGGAGCUGUGCUGGCCGCAUGGGGCAAGCCGCUCGGGGAACAGCUGCUGUGGUGUGUUUGCCGGGAGGCGGCCUUGACCCUGCAGGGAAGCAAGCAGUUACCAGUCUACGUAUCCGUGGACACACUGCUCAUACAAACGCAGGGGACUGCCACCUUUUGCCCUCCACCAGGAAAUGUGCAAGCCUUCUAUCUCGCUCCCGAGUUACAGGACAACGGGCUGCUUUCCGAAAAGUCUUGUGUGUAUGGCUUGGCUGCUACUCUUUGGUCUGCGGCCAAGUGCAACUUGGCCGCCUGUCAGAAGCUGAAGCUGAGCGGGCCCUUCAAGCAGCUGUUGUUGAGCAUGGCCAAAAAUCAACCCCAGGACAGGCCCUCGCUGGCCCAUAUCCUAAAGGCAUCCAGCGACUAUCAGGAUAAGCGAGGGAUAUCAUCCCGUGAGACGUGUGCUUUUUUGCGCAGUCGGACACUGCAAACCCAGAAACAAUGUGCAGCAGAGGCUCAGAAGUCACUGCAGCCCCAAAUGCCAACACAGAGUGUGGCUGAAUGUACCAAGCACACCGCCGACACCAAUACAAAGAAGCCCGCCACAGAAAAUAUGCAGCUCAUUACCAAAACAUCACCGACAAAAUCAGGCUUCGUCCCGAUCUCAGCCGAGGCGAGGUUGACGGCUGUGAAGGGUCCCGUCCCCAACGAGGGUAGCCCUGGCAAGCUUCCCACGGCCUUCACGUCCACUGCCACGCACUUCAAGCCAAUCGUCCUCCGCCGCGAAGCGACCAGGAGCCCUGAAGGAUGUGUUGCAAAAAUCCCAGGAGAUAAACAGGCGAUAAACACUGUAAACAAAGAAGUCACUAAGAGGCAAUCGGGAAUUGCCACUGGCGAGGCAGAGGAUGGCACGGGGAACUCGCUGGGCUCUGCUGCGGCAGACGCAAAUUGCCGAGGUGACACCUUGAGUGCCACCGUCUCGCCCGAUAGCGGGUCACCUGAUUCGACAAAGCAAAGCGCGGACGCCUCCUCCGGCAACAAGAAGAUGCUGCACUCUGACUCCAGUGAUAGCGCAACGGAUUCCUCGUCCCCAAAUUCGAACGCCAGCUUCAGCUUGGACCAGAUCCUGGCCGCAGGCACCCAAGUGCCCAAUUUUAUGCUCCAACAGGAUCCAAUCACGGGGCUCUUCACACUCGUUCCUGUCAUCCUGCCCAGUCAAACACAGUCGCAUCCGGCUCAUAGCGUGCCUUCAGUACUCUUCAAAUGGCCCGCGCAGAUUGACAUAAAGAGUUCCAACCAGGCAGCAGUCGCCAUCUCCGUGCACACUCAAGUGGAAAGAAAGCCCGACUCGCUGUUUUGUGCUCCCCUGGAGCUCACAGCGCCCCACAUAAUUAGCCGGGGUGUGUCGAAUUCGUCGUCGCAGGGCACACCGACGUCCGUCAACUCGGAGGGCCUUAGUUUGCCGUCGUCAGCGCUGUCCUCGCCAGCUUCCCUGCAGAAAGCCUCGCCGUGGUGCUCUGGACCGGAGGCAGACAUUAGCGGCCCGCUGCGAAGAGUUAACCUUCUGAUCCGUGAGGAGUUUGCCUUCGAUGGCUACAUGGAGAAUGGGGUAGAGGAUCUGGCUGUGGCUGAGUACAUCAUGUCGAUGAAGGGUCUCAAGUUUCCGACCUUCUGCAGUGCAGUUUCAGAGAAAUUCAGCGACCUUUACUGGGAUGAGACACUUUUGGAAAACCUGUACGAGGCCGUGAGCGGGCAGCCGCCUCCUACUCCUGACAGCAGCGACUCCCAUGACGACGUCCAACUAUCGGCGCCACUCUCUGCAACCUCCAGUGAAGAUGGAGAUGCGUUGGAUGACGAUGAGGCUGAUGGUGAUGAUAGCAGAGACGACGAGAAUGUGAUAAGGGGCAUGGUGGAGAGAGAAACAUUCCCAAGCCGUUACGUGCCUUCCUCCGUGAGCUACCAGCCAAUUCGGAGUAAGGAUGCAAGUCACCCAAUGGUGGAACACCCUCAGCUGAGUGAACCCGAAGGGAAAUCCAAUCACGUGUUGGCCCAAGUGACACCUGUGAGGAAGCCGACCGACGCACAAGCCGGCAAUCCCACAGCCUCGCCCAGGGUGACCCCGCAGACAGAACGCAAGACAGGCCCCCUGCGUGACUUGCACAAGGCCGGUGCCUCCACAGACAGGGAGCAACAAGAUCGUGCAGGUGGCAAUACACUGAGCCAAUCGGUAAGAAGCGAGAGAUCAAGGGUUCCACCGAGAAGAGCCAUUAGCCGAAGAAUAAAAAGUGCCCCUUCCAUGGCUGGAUCGGUUGCAAGUGAGGGCCCAACUCAGAGCCGUGCGGCCAUGGCAGCAGGUGGGGAGGGCACACUGGGUGGUCUCGCGCAGAUGCGGGGAUGCCCCGAGGGGUCUCAGCAGCUCAAGAAACCUCUCCUGGCCUGGGAGAGCCUCAGGUACGGAGCGGGAUUCUUCAGCAACGACGUCAAAGAUUGCGUCCAUCAGCAGAGGGCACGACGUAGCAGCGACAUUAACCUCGAAUCCAAGCUGCAGGAGGUGGAUCAGCAGAUUAUGCUGGAAGGGAAGAAUCUAAGAAAGUCGAGAGCUCUGAUUCACAAGCUGAGCCAACAAGGUCAAGCCAGCAAAGAAACGAAAGGUGUGCUUUCGAAGUUAAAAGAGCAAGUAAAAGAAAUGAGAGAGAAGAUUGAAUUCCUGCAAACCACAAAAAGAUACAUUGAGUUGCUGUUCGCCGACGAAUGGGGCCUGGAGAUCUCUCUGCUGAGGGCCUUCCUGGGCUGGCGAGCCCCUGCACCGCUGUGCCUGCAACCGGCUCCCCCUAGCCCGGAGCUUGUAUUCCAGCCGGCGCAUGCAAGCCAGGCGGCCUCUCGUCCUACGUUGCAGGCCGGGACGCCACACGCCCUCAUGUGCUACCUCUACUCCAGCUUCGCUGCAGUGGACGGAUUCAUCCAUCACUUCUUGUACACUUUCCGCUACUUCUGUGUGCCCAGCCACCUGCUACAGUUCCUGUUGGAGCGUCUGGAAGCCACAUGCAGCGGCGCAGUCAAUCAGCCUCGGGAGGUCGCCAGCAUACGCAUCCGGAGCCUGGACAUUCUUAGUCUCUGGGUGGGAGACUGUUACAACAUCGACUUCAAACCCAACCCUGAAAUGAGGCAGCUUCUCAAGACUUUCAUCCAGAAAAAACUCUGGGUAGAGGAGCAGCGUGCAGAGCGGCUGCUGGCUUUGCUGCGCUUGCACGAGAGUGGGGUAAGCCCGAAUCGUGCGGUUGGCCCUCUGGCCCCGAUCACUGAACCCGUGGGCGUGGAUGAGGGGCCCCUGUUCAUCAAAUCUGACAGAAUUCCAGUGCAGCCCAUGGAAGAUGCAAGCAAAAAGAGUUCUCCCCUCAAACGCCUUCCACUGGGCAGAAGGGCCGGAAGGCCAGACGGUGGAUCGCCAUCGAUAGGCACGCGGGAGAGAGGUCUUGAAAGGGAGAGGGCCAUUGCGAAGGAGCGGGAAUGGGAGAGGGACAAGGGGAAGGGUUGUUGUAAAUCUCUGGGGGGCCCUGCUGACCCAUGGCUCUACGUCCCAACGUGCCGCGUCGUGGAAGCAGACAAGACCUUGUUCAGUCAUCGCGAGGUGACAGCGCUGCGCCUGGCUCAGCAGCUCUCCUUGAUGCAGCAGGAGCUCUUUCUCCAAUGCCACCCGGUUGACUUCAUGAACACACGUGCUCUUGGGCUGAAAGAAACAGGGCCUUUAAGACCCACGGCAGAGCCUGCCUCCACAAACCCACCAAGUCUGUUCGUGCCGGAGUGCGCAAACGAUCAUCCCAUCACUCGUCUCAUCGAGCACUCCGACACAGUCAGCACGUGGAUCUCUGCUGAGAUUGUCACCUGCGAUGGUGCCAAGAGUCAGCUGGCAGUGCUCUCCAAGCUGCUGUGGGUGGCCAAACAUUGCUGUGACAUUCGAAACUUUUCCACUGGCAUGCAGAUACUGCAAGGCAUGGAGAACAUCAUAGUCAGACAAUUGCCAGUAUGGAAGCACGUUCCACCAAAGGUGGCAAACAUUAUGAACCAACUGAAUGAUGUCAAGAUGUUUCUCAAGCGCGAUGGCAUGUGUCUGAUGGAGGAGGGGGGCCACGUGAAAAACCCCACAAUUCCUUGCGCUCGCAUCUUUGCCAUGCACGUGCAGCAGCUGGAGAUCGGUGCCUUCACCAUGGCUAGCGGCCUGUACAAGUGGAGCAAAAUCAGAUCAAUUGCAGAGACAGUGAGUGGGAUUCGCAUCCUUCAGGAGAGCCCUUAUCCGUUUCGGCAUGAGUAUGAGCUGCAGGCUUGGCUCAGGGAAAGGAUUGUCUAUUUUGGCCUCGCUGACAUCCAGGCUCUGGCAUCGGAGAACUCGACAAACUUCCAGCCUCUGCACGGAGACAGGGGCAUUCACAAGAUCAAAGAGGCAUUCCUUCGUAUAACAACUUGAGCCUCGGAGCUCGAUCAAUGUUACCUCCCCCCAAAAAAAUACACCAACCUGGUGCGUUUGCUUGCACCGCACCUUCCAAAGGAAGCAACCGAAGUAGUGAGUAAAGGAUGUUGAUGUUAUCGAAAAAGCGUGUUUGUGCAAGGUCCAGACUGACAGCCAGCACUCAGAUGAGAAUGAUGUAAAGUUUUACUGAGCGUGCCCACACAUGAGCGUUAUCAAAUCAAAGGGCAACGGCAAUGGAAGAGAAGGUUUGACACGGUUGUGUAAUAUAAUCAAUUAGGUACACAGUGCUAUCAAAAUAAAUAAAGGGAUGAAAGCAAUAUUUCCCCUUUCAUAAUUAUAUUUUGUCUUUCAAAAAAACACAUUAAGGAAAUGCAUUAAAAAGCCAAAAAAACUAAAGAUACAGUAUAUGUGUUUAUAAGUAUUGACUUUAAUCAUUCACAUUAUGGUUAUUUUUCAGAUUUUGUUGGUUUCACGUCUGGUUUUAAUGGGAUUGGUUCAUGUCAUCUGCUACAUUAAACCAGUCAAUUCCCAAAACACGA